AUGUUCUCUGAGGAUCUUACGUUGAAAGGCCUGUCUGUAGAAUGGCCAUCAAGGUUGCCAAUGUGCGAGCAACUGCGUGUGUUCUCCAUAAAAAAAAAUGCCAGUCUCUUGUGCACCUGGCAGGUCUUCAGCCGCCUCUGCGCGGCGAUCCCCGCCGACGGCCUGGAGCUCUCCCCGAGAGACACCUACCGCGACGACCGGGGCAGCUACGACUGCCUCCAGGAAGCCUGUGACACUACCGUCUGCGCGACGGACCCAGACGAUGCACUCGCCGUGGCGACCGCCGGGGUGAUCCUCUCGGUAGGCCCAGACUGUACGGGGUGGGCUGGUGACAGUCCUUGGUUAGUCACGGACGGCGAUCCGGCUGCGUGCCCCGCAGGCCGUCAGUUGUACCGCGGCUGGUUGAUGAUAUGGCGUGGGUGGAACAACACUCCGCCAAAAGAAUCACCGACAACCUUUGUGCCGUGGGAGAAUUUCAAGGGUGCUACGUGUACUGGCAAGAAGAACGUUGUUUGCAUCAAGGGAUCUAAGAGGGUUCCUGAUCCGAACACUGGAAUGUGUAUGAAAUGGGAUCUAUAG